AUGUCAAUCUCUGAGCCAAUUCGUGUCUCUUGCCGAAUUCGAGCCAAUCCCGGGGAUCAUGUGAUUGUCCGUGCUGCAAAUCCAUUUGUGGAAAUGUUGAAUUCGAAUGGAAUUUGCACUGGCAGCUACAAAUUUUCGGCUGUCUUUGAUCAACAACAUCUACAGACAAACAUGAAAAUCGCUGCUGAAACAAAGUUGGCGCUGCUCAACGAGGUGAAUGAGCUCAAUCAACGACUUCAUCAAGCGUAUGCAAGAAUUGAGAAAAAGUUCGAAUCAAGAAUCGAAACCCUUGAGGAGGAAAUCGAUGAACAACGAAAAAGAAACGAGCAAAAAGAUCGAGAAAUGGUGUUGAUCGAGACAAAACUGAGGCUUCAGACUGAGAAUUUGGCAAUCCAAUCUCCUCACCGAGAUUCACCAAGAAUGAAAAGACGAAGAACAGCUUCAAUUGAUGCUCAAAGCAAACAAAAUCUUCCCUUUAUCUCUACGGAAGUCGAUAAUGAGAAAAUCGACUUGCAACUAGAGAACGCAAAGCUGAGGGAAUUGUUGGAGGCAAGGGAAAAUGAGAUCGAACUUUUGACUGAUCAGAGAACAACGCUUCAACACAAAAUCGACAGAAUACAGCAAGAAGCAAAGGAAAAACUACUCAAUCUUCAAAUCCAUUUACAAUCGAUUGAAGAAAAUAUGAAAAAGCAACUCGAGGACAAUAGAAAGAUCAAUAAAGCGAAGCAAGAAGAAGCGGCUGAACAAAAAGUUGUGAUUGAAGCGAUGGAGAGGAAAAGGAAAGACUUAGAAGAUCAAUUAUUCGACAAUUUCAAUGAUCAACAGAAUAAAAAAGCAAAGCUAACAUUUGACAAGACUCAAUUGGAAAAGAAGUACAUUUCACUUGAGAAAGAAGCUGAGAAUUGGAAAAAGAAAGUCGAGAACUACACAGCCUUAGUCAAGGAUCAAAAUAACAAGCCUUUCUCUGAAGAAAGAGAUAAAAAUCGAGCAAUUGUACAGAAACUAAUCGCUCAACACAAGGAAAUAUUGGAGAAUGAGCAGAAGAGACAGAAACAAAUCGAUGAUUUUCAUCAGAAAGAGAUCGAGAAAUAUCAAGGAAUUGUGAAGAAAAUGACGAAACAACAAGAAGAACGGGAAAAGAAUUUCGAUCGAGAGAAUAUCAAUGCGAACAAAGAGAUCGACUUUCACAAGAAUAGAAUCAAAGACUUGAUCAAUGAGAGUGAAAAGCUUCGAGAACAAGUCGAUAAUCUAAAUAAAAACUUUGAACAUCUCAAGAAAGAUCAAGUGAUGAAAAGAAGCCAAGAUUUCAACUCCAAAAUUAUUCUGGAGAAUCGAAAGCAGCUUGAUUGUCUUGUCCAACAAAUCGACUCACUCGAUAGAAAGUUGCAAGAAGAAAGCCGACUUCGAAUCGCAACUAUAAAUGAAUGUCACCGUUUAGAAGGAGAAGCCAGAGAGAUGAGAGAAAAUGAGAAGAAAAACCGAUAUGAAAGAGAUUUGUCUUUGAGAAAUCUUGCCAUUCAACAAGAGAAGGAGAAAGAGAAUGGGAUUCGUCUCCUUAAAGACGCGCUCUCAAUGGCGAACCAAACGCUGCGAAAAUCCGGUCUUCCGACGGUUAAAUUUGCUGAAAUCUCGACU